GCGCAGGGUAUUGUCAACAAAGCUGGAGAGCGAGGGACGAGGGGUGAACAGGGGGAAUCGAGGUACGCGGGACCCCCGCCGUCGACGCACCUUGACAUUCUGAGGACCAAGAGGUGGAGGAUCGAAAGACGGCGCCAGGAGCCCAAAGUGACAGUAAACAGGGGCGAGCACGCACGACUGCCGCCUUGCUCUUCAUGCUGCUCGGAGUAUGUAUGAGAAGUUAACCAUGCUGAACCUGCAGAGUGGUUCCAACUGGAGCGGGCCUAACAACUGGUACCAUGACCCUACCGGUGUGCAGACUCAACACAACACAGUGUCCGAGGGCUGCCUGCUGGACGCGGAGGGCGGCAUGGGGAGAGACGCGGUGGUCGUCGGAGGAGGGGGAGGCGGAGGAGGUGGAGGCUCGGGCCGAGGGGGAGGCGUGCCGGUGGAUAGGGACGAAGGCGAGGAGUCUCAGCUGAGGCUGCAGCUCAAGAGGAAGCUGCAGAGGAACCGCACAAGCUUCACGCAGGAGCAGAUCGAGGCGCUGGAAAAAGAGUUUGAAAGGACGCAUUACCCCGACGUCUUUGCGAGGGAGAGACUGGCCAAUAAGAUCGAUUUACCAGAGGCCAGGAUACAGGUGUGGUUCUCCAACCGAAGAGCCAAGUGGAGGCGAGAGGAGAAGUUGCGCAACCAAAGGAGAUCCGGAGGGGUGACUUCCUGUUCGCAGAGUCAAGCCCCCCUGACCACUUCCUUCAACACGUCCGUCUACCAUCAGCAGCACGGCAACAGUUCGGGGUCCAUGUUGAGUCAGGCUGACUCGUCGCUACCCAGCUACAGCUCGCUGUCAGUCUUCUCAUCCGGAGUCCAGUCCAUCCCUCCGCAGUCGGCCUCGUCGUACUCUUGCAUGUUGCCGCCGUCUCCGUCUGCCCCGCGGAGCUUCGACUCCUCAACAUACACCUCCCCUCACCUGCAGACCGCGCCCUCGGCCAACUCCAAUACCGGCCUCAUAUCACCCGGCGUCUCGGUGCCGGUGCAGGUUCCAGGAAACGAGCCGCAGGGCAUGAGCCAGAACCUGGGCCAGUACUGGGCUAGACUACAGUGAACCGGCACAAAAGAAGACAGAAUAAAAACAAGGGAUAUCAGAGGACUGAGCUUUCCAAAACAAGCCGAAGAACCUGAUACAAAUGUUUACAAACGUAUUGAAGAGCAGCUUUGGUGACACUUGACGAUACUCUACUGCUUAUUUCCGUAGUGUAUCGUGAAGGACAAUCACAGUUCCUCAUUUGGCUUCAGGUUAAUUGAGAAAACAAAAACAAAGGCUCCAUUUUAACAUUUUGCUCAGACUGCGUGUUUCUGUACAUACAACCGUGUAUGAUCUUUUGUCAGAUGUUAUUGGAAGGGGAAAGAAUGUAGCAUUUUAUGCUAAUUCCUUCAAAAUAUGGUUAAACAUGCAGAUGUGACAGGGAUUUCUAUACCAAAAAAUAAUCAGGUGAAUGAAGAAAAAGUUUUAUAUCACUAGAGAAGCUUCCGGAAGCUGCUGACAAUCAAACUGCCUGCAUGUACUUCAGGUUGACAAUCAAAGCAAGGCAGAGAGGAAAUACUGUGAAAUGAUACCGCAACAUCACGAUGGCAACAUUAGAAACUGUGCAUGACCAAACGUAACCACGAGACAAUCAGCCACAUCGGGAAAUGUUGUGACUGCCAGAGCAUCUGACGCCCCAAUUGUCUUUGCAAUCUUAUUUAUUUGUCUUUUCACUUCACGGGUCCUCGGUGUCGUUUCUGUUUGCUGUGUGUGUUGUGUUAGUGCUGUUUAGAUGCCAACCCUUUUUUGUGAAGGCCUUGGAUCCCUUUAAUGAAAAUAAAACUGUGCGUCAUCCAU